AUGACGAAAAAGUUGACCCCACAGGAGAAACAAAACCGCAAGCCGGCAAUAAGAGCUUGUACAUUCUGUCAUCAAAAGCAUUUGCAAUGUUCAAAUGAACGUCCUUGCAAAAAUUGCGUGAAAAGGAAUAUAGCAUCAGAGUGUCACGAUAUUGUCCGAAAAAGGGUCAAGUACUUGACAGGAUCUUCAAAGUCGUCAAUAAAGAAGUCACGCCCGUCUUCUGAGCAAUCAACUCAAAACAGUUCUUUUAACGCUUCACCGGUGUCUAUGGUUGAUGACAGUUCUAAAAUGGAACAGGUCAAAAGUUCGAGCCUAGUAAAUGAAGACCAACCCACAGCGAUUGAGCCCUCAACACAACUGGUACAAGUCAAGCAAGAACUGCUAAAUACUCCAACACAAGAUCCCAGUGUCAUGCAGAUUAAGGAGAUACUAGAUGCCCCUACAUUCGAUGUACAACACAAUGGCUCAGAUUUCAACAAUGAAUCCAUCGACCUAGAUAGAGCUGGUCUGUUCGACACAGAUCCCUUGUUUCAUACAAACACAAUGCUAAAUACUACGACCGAUGUUAUAAAUAAAUUGCUUACAGAUCAUUAUGAGAUUGAUAGUUUGAGUCAACCGUCCAUGGAUCCUAUUUCCCAGAUAUCAGACACGCCCCACUCUAUAAAUUUGAAUCACAGAAACAGCCAGUUUAGCUCCAACUAUCUUAACGAGGAGUACCUCAUGUUGGGAGACAUUCUUUUAAACUCAAAACCAGCUUCGCCGUCGCCUUCAAAUACAAGUGCAUCCGAAUAUACAAAUGGACCAACACCAGCUUUUAUACAAAACAUCGAUUUUAAUAAUAUCAAUGAAUCAAAGAAGAGGGUAGUGCAGAAAUUGCGAGAUUCGCGACCCUUCAUUUCAUUAGGGUAUCCAACAGAUUCAUCAAUGAGUUUGGACAAUUUGAACAACAUGGCACACCAAACUGACAAUCUCUUGGACAACAACGUCAGUUCAAGAGGAAACACGAGCAAGCAAACAACGAAUGCUAAUUCAAACCCAAUUGUAAACUUCAAAACAAAGCAUCGUUCAGAUUAUGUGUCUCCAUUGGCAACUCACAAGAUCUACAAGACGGUGUCGGACAUUUACAAUAAAGAUGUGAUAAACUUUGAAUACCCAAAUUCUUACCAUGCACUUACCAAUUUUCUCAAAACAAGAUUUCUGGGCAAUGGAUUAGAUCCUGAAGAAAAACAACGCAAGAGACAGAACUUGCUUAUCAUUUUGAAAUUGAUAGCAAGUUACCGACCUACUUUUAUUAGUGCACACAAGUCUUUGCUCAAACCACAAGACCUCCUCCUUCUAGAAAUGAGUUUUCAAAGAUGUUUAAUAGAUUAUGAAAAGCUAAGUCAAUUAAACUCAUCGCCGACAAUUAUAUGGCGUCGAACUGGGGAGAUUGUCAGUAUAACGGAUGACUUGCUAAGCUUGUUGGGCUAUAAACUACUGGAUAUUUUAUCAAAGCGUACCUUCAUCAUGGAAAUGAUGUAUGAUGAUGAAUCAGUUGUGAAAUACUUUCAAUUAUUUAAAUCAGUAGCUGUGGGGAACUUACAUUCAAGUAUUAGUACCAAGAUAAAGCUAACCAAAAAGGAACCUUUCGUCAAUAGCGUGGCUAGUGUUGAUGCUGAUACUCAAAUGCAAAACAAUGUUGGUACAAGCAACUACAUUGAGUUCUGCUCGGUUUGGACUGUUAAGAGAGACUUAUUUGACAUUCCCAUGCUAAUAAUUGGCCAGUUUUUGCCAAUUCUACCGGCUGGAGACGGUGUAAGAAUGUACUGA